AUGCCUCGCGGCUAUUACCUCGGCCAGGGCCUGAUCCCACUCGGCGACCACAGCAGCGACGACGAAGAAGGCCCGUGUACGCUGCCAAACGGUCGAGUUGUCUGUGGACCUCACGGAUUGGUGCUAUGUUAUCGAUGUUGCAGCGACUACAGCUUUAUGGACGACGUCCUCGGCGAAGACGGCCAAGUCUCCGAGGACGACGAGGAAGGCGAUGAGCACGACGAUUCGGCUCCUGUUGCGGCGCCAUCCGCCAUCCGCGUCCCUUCCCUAGCAUCUGAUGUGGUGAGAGGCACUGGUCUGGUGUUCCCCUCCAAGUUUAGACAUGCCGUUAGCCCUCUGCGACCGAUGGAGCUGUUUCGCGGCAGAUUUCGUUUCAUGGAUAUCGUUAGGUAUGACGCUUUUUCUUCUUGGUGGCAUACUUUGUCGUGCUUGGCUAACCGACGGUCCGUGGUCUCUCUCAGAUGCACCCACCCCAGCGACAAGUCCAUGCUCCUCAUCAUGACCGACGGGGCAUGCCUCAACAACGGCCAAGCCAAUCCGAAGGCGGGUUGGGCAUUUUUCCAGGGGCUGAAUACCGAAGGCCAACCGCUCGUAGUCUCGCAUCGUCUGGAAAGGCAGGGUCCUUGGGGUGAUGAGGGCAUCCAGAGCAGCAACCGGGCCGAGCUGCGGGCCGUCAUCGCCGCCCUGCGUUUCCGGCACUGGCCGGGCGAGGGCUUCAGCACAGUCGUCAUCGCCACCGACUCCGAGUACGUUGUGGAGGGCUCGACACGGUGGGCCAAGACUUGGGUGCAGAACAAUUGGAGGACGAAAGGUAUCAAGGGAAAUGGCGGCGCCAACGUCAAGAACAAGGACUUGUGGGAGAUGCUCUUGGGGGAGUGCGAGAAGGCCCAUCGCCGAGGCCAGGCCAUCCAAUUCUGGAAGAUCCCGCGUGAUUGGAAUGCUCUCGCCGAUCAAGGCGCCAAGAACGCUGCCGCCGCAGAAGAAACGCCUGUCGAGUGGAUGGAUUGCCUAGGCCUCGCAAUCUAA